AGGCUGUACGCGAGCCUAAGACAGUUCAUCGGAUAGAAACGGUGAUUAUAAGAGGACUCGAAGAAUGAGUGGAUCGACGAUAAAUAGUUUGGUAGCCACAAGAGGUAAUUCGUGAUAGUGGAUAGUAAGAAAAGGCAGUGAAAGAGAUUAGGCGGUUAUACCUUCAAACAACAGCCAGUGCCUGCCAGCAUACAGCAGACUUUCAACCGAUAUUGUGUUAUAUUCUUCUAUAUGAACAGUCAAAAUGAGAAGUAAUGGUGUUUACACCAGUUUAUUUUCCAACCUUUGUGUUGUGGUUUUAGUGACUCUACUUCCUGGAAUACAGUCAUCUGGAUCGGAGAAUGUACGGACGUGUGAGCCCAUCCGGUUUGAGAUGUGUAAAGGUUUGGGAUAUAACGUGACUGGAAUGCCCAAUCUGGUGGCACACACAGACCAACAAGAUGCUGGUUUACAGUUACAAACCUUUACACCAUUAAUACAGUAUGGCUGUUCCAAACAACUCAAAUUUUUCCUGUGUUCAGUCUACGUUCCCAUGUGUACUGAGAAAGUCAUGGAUCCGAUCGGUCCCUGUCGACCGAUGUGUGAAAGUGUACGAAGUCGCUGUCAACCUGUACUUAACGAAUUCGGAUAUCCAUGGCCUGCAGCGUUAAAUUGUUCCAAGUUUCCAGCUAGGAAUGAUCAAACACACAUGUGUAUGGAUGGACCGGGUGAUGAAAUCGAAGAUGAUCUGCCAUAUCCAAGAAAACCUAACGUUCCUAACUGUGAAAAAUUCAGAAAUCCAUCCAAGUACAUUUUUAUUAACCGUACUGAAAGGUGUGCUCUAUUGUGUUCAGAAAACGACGCGUUUACCAGUAAAGAUAAAUUAUUUGCAGAUGUGUGGAUGGCUAUAUGGGCCGGCUUAUGUUUUGUGUCCACUUUCUUUACGGUAUUAACCUUUCUGAUCGACUCGCAGAGAUUUAAAUAUCCCGAGCGACCUAUUAUAUUUCUAUCAAUGUGUUAUAAUAUAUACAGUAUUGCCUAUAUUGUGAGAUUAUUAGCAGGAAGACAGUCUAUAGCCUGUGAUACCGACAGCCAAAGUGGAAAAUCUAUUUUAAUUCAAGAAGGCCUGGAAAAUACGGACUGUGCUAUUGUAUUUUUAUUACUGUAUUUUUUCGGAACUGCCAGUUCUUUAUGGUGGGUUGUAUUAACUUUUACAUGGUUUUUAUCGGCUGGUUUAAAGUGGGGACACGAGGCUAUUCAGCUUCACAGUAGUUAUUUCCAUCUCUUUGCCUGGGCCCUUCCAGCUAUUAAAACUAUUGUGAUAUUAGUAAUGAGAGACGUUGACGCAGACGAACUAACAGGAAUAUGUUACGUUGGAAACCAAAGUACGCAGAUGCUGCUAGGAUUCGGAGUCGCGCCUCUGAUCGUUUACCUCAUUCUGGGAACUGCGUUUCUCAUCGCCGGAUUCGUGGCAUUAUUUAGAAUCAGGAAGCAAGUCCGAUGUGACGGUGUGAAAACCGACAAACUUGAGGUUCUGAUGGUGCGAAUUGGAAUCUUCUCCGUAUUAUAUACUGUACCAGCCACGUGUGUCAUUGGCUGUUUAUUAUACGAAUACCUUAACAGAUCCUCAUGGUACCUCUACAGUCCUCAAACCUCGCCAAAUAUUGAAAUUUUCAUGCUCAAACUCUUCAUGUCGCUUGUUGUAGGCAUAACGAGUGGUAUGUGGAUUUGGUCAGCCAAAACUGUGAGCUCUUGGAAAAACUUUUUCAAGAAAAUCUGUGUAAGGAAAAGAGACCGAAAAAAUAUCGAAUACACCAUGCCACAUAACUACCAUCAAAUCCCAUUAAAACCUCCGAAUAGGUCUAUACGUAUGGACAAAACAAAGCGAGUGAAAUCUGACGAAACUGUGGUGUGACUUGUUCCAAAAUUAAUUUAAAUGUUAUAUUAUUAUUUUAUUGUUGUAUUAUUGUUUGUGUUACUCGUCAGCGACAUACCAAAAAAUGACAGUGACAGUCCCCUUGAAAACAACAAAAAACAAUAGUGGACCAUUCACGUAUUUGCGAAAGUGUCACACAAAACUAUACCAAAACUCAAAUUGUAAUGUCAAAUAAUGCAAUGCAUACAAUUUCUACCAAAGAAUAAAAACUAUGAAUAAUGGCGCUUUAAAAGUUAGAAAUUCGUCGUUGUGUCUCCGUGGAAGAGAUUUGUCGGUGAAAGUCGACUUCUGUCUUGGAAAUUGAUUGUUGUGAGACGUUUUUACGACAACCUGAAAUCGAUACGAAGAAAAGUUUUGAAAUGCACGACAUGUUUCUCGCGAGAUUUGUCACCAAUAUUUAUUUUGUUUCGAGAUCGAUGAUGUCAAGGUUUGGUCAAGUCAAAAUGUCGAAUGAAAAGAAAGAAAAAAACCUACGUUCACAAUACUCAAUGUUUUUCAAACGACGAUUUUUAUAUCUCAAAUAUAAAGCAUUUAAAUCAUAAGGACCAAGAAAUUUGUUUGUAAGGCGAUUGUGGUUAUAUUUUAAACAUUUACGGGUAUGCUCUUGUUGUUAUUACUUCUUUCCUAAAUCGCCUCAAAAGAUUGUCCCAAAGAUUAACGCGAAAAGCUUGAAAUUUGUGAGCGUAAACCAAAAUUUAAAAAAAAUGUAGUGAGAAAAUAGCUAUAUUGUUUUUAGUAUUGUUUUCAAAUGUUAUUGAGAAAAGCCAAUAAUGUGUUUUGUGACUCACUAUUUUACUGUGUAAGUUUGUGUUAAAUGUUUUUUUUUAAAAAAAAAAACUAUUUAAAAAUAGAGUAAAAAACGUUGAAUUUUGAUGCUGAUUUGAUGACGGUAAGGCAAAUUAUUAUACAAAGCUAUCUUUACUGACCCCCUUCUUCCAGUUCUAAUCUCUUCAUUGACAUUUCUUGAAAUAAUUUUCCUCUAGCAACGAUUAUCUUGAAACACAUUUUUCUUUCAACAUUAAAAUGUAAAGUUAUGACUCUCUUGUACUUUAUCGCUUCAAAACCAUUAUUUGUUUUAUCAAAAUCACUAUAGCAACAAGACAACGAAAUAUAACGAGAAUAUUUAAGUCCCAAAACCUAAAUACAAGUCGGGUAUAAGUUACAUGUAUGUAUAUAACAGAGAAAAAUGUGAAUGAAAAAAUUUCAAUGAAUACUU